AUGAAGCUUCAAGCUCUCACUCCUCCCACACCCAUUUUCUUCUUCUUCUUCUUCACCACCCUCCUCUUUUACCCUACCCAGUCAACUCAGCCUCCAUAUGCCUGUGACUCGUCCCAGCCAUCAACCAGCUCCUACCCUUUCUGCAAAACCGCCCUCCCCAUCAACCAAAGAGUCCAGGACCUGGUCUCGCGCCUCACAUUGGAUGAGAAAAUCUCCCAACUCGUUAACUCGGCCCCUCCGAUUCCCCGACUCGGCAUCCCGAGUUACGAGUGGUGGUCCGAGGCAUUACACGGCGUCGCCGACGUCGGCAAAGGAAUCAAUCUUUACGGCACCAUUUCUAACGCCACCAGCUUCCCUCAAGUCAUCCUCACCGCCGCCUCCUUCAACGAACACCUCUGGUACCGCAUUGGCCAGGUGAUUGGGACUGAAGCUAGGGCAUUGUACAAUGCUGGGCAAGCAACAGGGAUGACAUUUUGGGCACCAAACAUUAACAUUUUCAGGGACCCAAGGUGGGGGAGAGGGCAGGAGACACCUGGCGAAGACCCAUUGGUGGUAGGCAAAUACGCCGUGUCGUAUGUGAGAGGCGUUCAAGGCGAUUCUUUUGAAGGAGGGAAGCUCAAGGUCGGUGGUCGUCUUCAAGCUUCUGCUUGCUGCAAGCAUUUCACAGCUUAUGAUUUGGACAACUGGAAAAGCGUCACGCGCUUUGGCUUCGAUGCUCGUGUGAGUGAACAAGACCUAGCAGACACAUACCAGCCUCCAUUCAAGAGCUGCGUGCAGCAAGGCCAAGCCAGUGGCAUAAUGUGUGCUUAUAAUCGUGUCAAUGGGGUUCCAAGCUGCGCAGAUUACAAUCUCCUAACCAAGGUUGCUAGAGGCCAAUGGGAUUUUCAUGGGUACAUCACGUCGGACUGCGAUGCGGUGUCCAUCAUUCGCGAUGUGCAAGGGUACGCUAAAACGCCUGAAGAUGCAGUCGGUGAUGUGCUCAAAGCAGGCAUGGACGUGAACUGUGGAUCCUACUUGAAGGAUCACACUAAAUCUGCAGUUCAGCAGAAAAAGCUGGAUGUGUCAGAAAUAGACAGAGCCCUCCACAGCCUCUUCUCUAUAAGGAUGAGGUUAGGCCUGUUUGAUGGCAGUCCACUCGAGCAACCUUAUGGCAACAUUGGUCCAGACCAAGCGUGCUCCAAGGAGCACCAGGCUUUAGCCCUUGAAGCUGCUCAAGAUGGCAUAGUGCUUUUGAAAAACUCUGGCAGACUUCUCCCAUUGCCUAAAUCAAAAGCCAUUUCUCUUGCUGUUAUUGGUCCCAAUGCCAAUGCUUCAGAAACACUUCUUGGAAAUUAUCAUGGCCGUCCAUGUAAAUCCAUAACCCCAUUAAAAGCAUUGCAGGGUUAUGCUAAGUACACAAAUUAUGAAGCAGGCUGUGACACAGUUAAGUGUCCCCAAGCUACAAUUAAUAAAGCAGUUGAAGCAGCAAAAGCAGCGGAUUAUGUGGUUUUGAUUAUGGGGCUGGACCAAAGUCAAGAGAGAGAGGCGCAUGACAGAAGGCACUUGGGCCUGCCUGGAAAGCAACAGGAACUCAUUUCCAGUGUGGCAAAAGCUGCUAAAAAACCUGUUAUUCUUGUGAUUCUUAGUGGGGGUCCAGUUGACAUAACUCCAGCCAAAUAUGACAAAAAAAUUGGAGGCAUCUUUUGGGCUGGAUAUCCUGGUGAAGCCGGAGGAAUUGCCCUUGCUGAAAUCAUCUUUGGUGAUCACAAUCCAGGUGGAAGAUUGCCAGUGACUUGGUACACACAAGAUUAUGUCAAGAUACCAAUGACAGACAUGAGGAUGAGGCCUGACACAAAAACAGGUUAUCCUGGGCGCACAUACAGAUUCUACAAAGGCGGAAAUGUUUAUGACUUUGGUUUUGGCCUCAGCUACUCCAACUACAUUUAUGAGUUUGCCUCUGCAAUAGCUCAAAACAAGCUUUACUUAAAUGAAUCAUCCAUUAGUUCCAAAGUUAAGUCCUCAGACUCCGGCCGUUUCCGUUUAGUCCCAGAUUUAAGUGAAGAAUUCUGUGAGAAAAAGAAGUUCCCAGUCAGAGUUGCGGUCAAAAAUCAUGGGGAGAUGGUUGGUAAGCACCCUGUGUUGCUUUUUGUGGGUCAGAAGAAUCCCAACAAUGGAAGCCCAAUGAAACAGUUGGUUGGAUUUAAGAGUGUGAUAUUGAGUGCUGGGGAAAGAGCUGAACUUGAAUUCAUUUUGAACCCUUGUGAGCACCUCAGCCAUGCAAAUGAGGGUGGUUUGAUGGUAGUGGAAGAAGGUUCUUAUUUCUUGCAAGUAGGAGAUGUAGAGUACCCUCUUGAUAUCGUAGUUUGA